AUGGAAGGGUUCGGCAGAGCUCUCUCCAAGUACCACCGGACUGUAUUGUUCACCAUGAUGAUGUUCAAACUGGGGUUACUGUGCACAGCCGCAGCAGACAAGUGCCUCUCGUCCCCUUGUAACAACGGAGCCACUUGUCUUGACCACAUGGACACCUACGUGUGUGUAUGCCCCAAAGGCCCCGUGUGGUAUAUGGGCAAGAACUGUGACAACCUAUAUGACGCCUGCCUGCUGGCGCCCUGUGCCAACUGUUCCAGCACGCCGGGGACAGGGGAGUUCACCUGCCACUGCCCCGAGGGUUACACAGGGCUCAACUGCACCCAGGACGUCGAUGAGUGCCACAGCAACCCCUGUGAGGGUGUCCGCUCCCACUGCGUCGACGGAGUCAAUGCGUACUCCUGCCAUUGCCCGCUCGGGACGGGAGGAGAGGACUGUCAGGAGAACGUACCCCUCUGCUCUGAGGAGACGUGCCAGAACGACGGCACUUGUGUGGACGUCCCCGACGUGGGUUACCGGUGCCAGUGUGCUCCUGGCUACCAGGGAGAGCACUGUGAGGAGAACAUUGACGAAUGCCAGCACCGGCCUUGUCAGAAUGGGGCCAUCUGUAAAGAUGAGGUGAACGCCUAUCGGUGUUUCUGCGUGCCUGGUUUCCAGGGCUCCCACUGUGACCUGGAUAUCAAUGAGUGUGCCUCUCAGCCCUGUUACAACAAUGCCACCUGUGUGGACAAGGUGGACCACUACAGCUGUGAAUGUGUGCAAGGCUUUAAAGGAAAUAACUGCGAGGUGGAGGUUGAUGAAUGUGAGCUGCGUCCCUGCCAGAACGGCGCCAUGUGCCACGACUAUGUCGGGAUGUACAUCUGUGAGUGUGUGAUGGGCUUCCAGGGCCAAGACUGCGAGGUCAACAUAGACGAAUGUGCCAGCAUGCCCUGCAUGAAUGGGGGCAACUGCUCAGAUCUGGUCAACAGCUAUGAGUGUGUCUGUGAGGGCACAGGCUUCACGGGAGACCGGUGUGAAGAGGACAUCCCCGAGUGCGCCUCUGACCCCUGUCAGAAUGGAGCCACCUGUCUUGAGGGGGUCAGCCUGUACUCCUGCCUCUGCUUCCCAGGAUACGAGGGGGAGAACUGCCAGGUGGAUAUAAACGAGUGUGAGCUGAGUCCCUGUGAGAACGAAGGAGAGUGUUUCCAGCGCUCACAGACGUCCUGCACUACGGCGUGCUGUCUGAACUCAGUACCCGCCACAUUCCGCUACGAGGAGUCCGCAGGCUUCAUCUGCCACUGUCAGCCCGGAUUCACUGGAGACGACUGCUCUGUGAAUGUGGACGAGUGCGAGUCCGGCCCAUGUCAGAACGGGGGAAGCUGUGAGGAUCAGGUCAACUCUUAUCGAUGCCUGUGUCCAGAUGGCUACACAGGAGUGCACUGUGGGGUGGACAUUGAUGAGUGUGAGAGUGAGCCAUGCCAGAAUGGCGCCACAUGUGAGGAUGGUGCCAAUUCCUAUAUGUGCCACUGCCCCAAACUGGAGCCUGGCCAGGAGCCCUGGGGUGGCCACGACUGCGACAUCCUGCUGGUUGGCUGCCAAGUGCACCAAUGUCAACAUGAAGGAACCUGUGUUCCCAUGCUGACUCUCAAUGGGGAGCACAGCUACACAUGCCUCUGUCCACCAGGCUGGACUGGGGAACACUGUAACACAUCCACCACCUUCUCCUUUAGUACUGAAGGGUACAUCCUAAUCCAGCUGCCUGCUGCCAACAACAGGACCAGACGAGAAGCUGACCCCAAUGACCACAACCACGGGCUCCACAUAAAGCUUCGCUUCAAGAGCACUCUGCCUGACAUGGUGCUAUACUACCGGGGCAGUUUGGAGCGCUUUGUCUCUCUGGAGCUCGUGAGGGGUAAGCUUCAGGCUAGAGUGAAGUCAGGGAAGGUGCUGCAGGUUAUCCACCCUCAGCUAGUCAAUGAUGGACAAUGGCACCAGGUCACUGUGACCAUGGAUGAAAGGCUGGUGCUGGUGGUAAAAGGGCCUGGCUGUGAGAUGGGAGAUGGUUGCACUGUGAAGAAUGAAGGCCACAACCAACUCUUCUUCCUUCAGCCUGGCUCCAUCAGACAACUGUAUGUGGGAGGAGCGCCACAGAAAUAUUUGGCCCAAACUGCCAGCGGCCAAGGAUUCAUCGGUUGUAUGGAGGACUUCCAGGUGGAGCACAGACUGCUGCUGCCCAAGGACCUCCACCGAGAGGAAAAUAGGGGCAUGGAGCUGGGAUGUAAUAAGAAAGACUGGUGCCAGGAAAACUCCUGCUCCCAACGUGGGAGAUGUGUGGACCUGUGGGUUCGUGCCAGUUGUGAAUGCCAUCGGCCCUACCAUGGAGAAAGCUGCGAGCAAGAGUACCCUUCUUGGACCUUUAGUCAUGAGAACACGACCAGCUACGCCUCCUUCGAGAUCUGGGAGGGCCACGGAGACAACUUCACCAUCUCCUUCUUCAUGCGCUCCCUGCAACACAAUGGCUUGCUUCUGCAGCUCAGCAGAGAGGGGAAAGCCUACCUGACCAUCUAUCUCAAAGAAGGCACGGUGGCGUUGUACAGCCCGUACACCACUGUGCUGUCAGAGUCCCACUCCCUCACCAGGGGCAACAAUGAACUGCUGACGGUGAAGGUGCGCUACGGCCACGUGGUCUUCCCUGAGGCAGGGGACCAGCGUGCCUUAGGGAAUGUGAGUGUGGAGGCCGGGGACGUGGUCCAUGUGGGAGGGCUACCCGCAGGUGAAAACAUAGCCUCUUGGGGGGGGUACUUCAAGGGCUGUCUGCAGGACAUCCGCAUUGACCACAAGUAUCUGAGCAUUGGAGAUCACCCAGAGGUCCUGGAAGUUUACCGCGCGAGCACGAUGGACAAUGUGCUCGAAGGAUGCCAAACAGAUCAAACAUGCAAGGGUGAACCCUGUUUAAAUGAAGGGGAGUGUCAUGUCACCUGGAACGACUUCGUGUGUAACUGCACCGUGAACUUCUCGGGAAGGACAUGUGAAACCCGUUUAUGGUGUGUGGACAGCCCUUGUUUUGAGGGAGGACAAUGUGUUGAGCUACUGGAUGGUUAUGAAUGCUUAACUGAAGCCACCUUCCAGGACAACGCUAUCCAGUAUGGUGCCAACAGUUCGCUGGUGAGUCCUGUAACCAGUAUCACCAUGGACAUCCGUACACGGGACGAGAGCGCUGUGUUGUUGCGGGCAACCGGCAUGGCUGAGGUCUUCUGCUUAGGACUGCUCAACUCUACACUGCUGGUCAAACUGCUCAGCAGGGAGAGCCCUGAGCUGCUAGCUUUCACCAGUGAGAUGAUUUUAGCCGAUGGGGCCUGGCACACCAUCCACCUGGCCAUGGCCGACCCGACACAGCCAGUGUCCCGCUGGCGUCUCACUGUGGAUGGGCAAAGAUCUGGUGGAAGCCUGGAGAUGGGGGGUAACCUCAACUUCCUUAACACUACCAGUCUGUGGCUGGCAGAGAACUUCACUGGAUGUAUAGGGGAGGUGAGGGUAGGUGGAGUCUACCUGCCUCUGAUCGACGUACCAGCCUCCCCGCAGACAACCCAGUUUUUCAAAUGGGGCGGGUAUCAGCCCACUGUCGGAUGCCACGCCGCUCUGGUGUGCGAUUCCCAGCCUUGCCUCAACCAGGGCAUAUGUCAGGACCAGUUUAAUGACUUUAACUGCAGCUGCGUAUCCGGAUGGGAGGGAGAGUUGUGCCAGACAGAGACAAACGAGUGUUCCUCGGCCCCCUGUGUCUAUGGAACAUGCACUGACCAACUGGCGGACUACUACUGUGAGUGUCAGCCUGGCUACAUGGGCAGGAACUGCCAGGAGGAGCUGGAUAACUGUUUGGAGUUCCCCUGUGAGAACGGGGGCACUUGCUUGGAUGCCCUGGGAGCCCAUUCUUGUACAUGUCCACUGGGGUACAGCGGCAAGCGUUGCCAGUGGCGUUUUCCUCCAGUGGCAUGUGACGCAAACAUAGACUGCCUCAAUGGAGGGGUGUGCAUAGGGGGUCCCUUGGGGGGCAACUGUACCUGCAGGCCCGGAUACACUGGAGACAGGUGUGAGACAGAAAUAGAUGAAUGUGCGUCCAACCCGUGCCUCAACGGUGGAACAUGUGUGGACAGACUCAAUCACUUCCAGUGCAUCUGUGUGCUCGGCUUCAGCGGCAGACUGUGUGACAGUAACAAAUUGGGGCACAAGGAGCGUGUUCCCUGGCUGGUGGUGGCCAUACCUCUGACCACACUGUGUGUUCUGCUCGUCAUCCUCGCCGUGUUCUUCCUCAUCAUGACCGCUCGCAAGAAACGCCAGUCGGAGGGCACCUACAGCCCCAGCACCCAGGAGGUGGCCGGGGCGAGGCUGGAGAUGGGCAGCGUGCUCAAAGUGCCCCCUGAGGAGAGGCUGAUCUGA